CGUAUGCUCCUCCCCCGGGUGUCUCGGGUUGCUUUUCCGCUACUUCAGCAGCUCACUUCCCCGCCCUAGCUGAGGGAGCCGUGGGGAGGAAGCUGGGAGACACCGGGAGCCCAGAAAUGGGUUUCACUCUGUUGCCAUGCUAGAGUGCAGUGGCAUCAUAGGAGCUCACGGCUACCUCAAACUCCUGGACUCAACCAAUCCUGCCUCAGCCUCCAGUGUAACUGAGACUACUACAGUGUUGGAGACAGUGAUUUGUCCUGUGACCUCAGUUUCUGAUGGAUCUAAGAAGAGUUGUUGAUUUUCAGUUUAUUUGCCUUUUUGAGGAUGAGUAUGAUGGCUUCUAAAUUCCUUAAAUGACAGACCACAGACCAAACUCUCUGAUUUUUUUUUUUUUUGAGACAUUAUCUCAUUUUGUCUCCUGGGUAAAAUGCCAUGGCAUCACAACUCACAGCAACCUCAAACUCUUGGGCUCAAACAAACUUUUGUCUCAGCCUCCUGAGUAGCUGGGACUAUAGGCACCCACCACAAUCCCCAGCUAGUUUUUCUAUUUUUAGUAGAGAUGGGGUCUUAAUGUUGCUCAACUGAUCUUGAAUUCCUAAACUCAAGGGAUCUACCCAUCUUGGCCUCCCCAAGUACUAGGAUUACAGGAGUGAGCCACUACGUCCAGCCUAAACUCCCUGAUGUUUGGCUGCUGAUAACCUGAGAACCUUGUGCCUUCUUCUUUCUCUUAUCCCUACACUUACGUACAAAGAGAUAAGUAAGCCUGGGUUCUCCCUUCUUUGGGAGGGCAAGAGUCAUUCACUCCACAUAAGCCCCUAUUUUUUGUGUGUGAAUUCUCACCCCAAGUCACCCCAUAACCUCAAUAAAAACCCAGGCCAGGCUCCUUUCUUGGAGCUCUCAAGACAGUUCAUACUUGCCCAAGAAUCCUACCUUGAUCUUCCCAGAGACCUCAGUGAUGAAAACAAUAAGCCCUUUCACACUGCAUUGGAAUGUGUGUGAUGUCAUCAGCAUCAGUCUUGAUGUCUGAGACAAUCCUUUCAUAGGAUCCACCUGCCUUUGCAAAUGAUUAUAACAGUUAUAGAAAAGGACUCACUGGCCUUUGAGGAUGUGUCUGUGAACUUUACCCAGGAGGAGUGGGCUCUGCUGGAUCCUUCACAGAAGAAACUCUACAAAGAUGUGAUGCAGGAAACACUCAAGAACCUGGCCUCUAUAGGAAAAAAAUGGAAAGACCAGAACAUUGAAGAUCAGUAUAAAAAUCAGGGGAGAAAUCUAAGACGCUAUAUGGUUGAGAGACUCUGUGCAAGUAAAGAAGGUAAUUGGUAUGGAGAAAUCUUUAGUCCAAAUCUCACUCUUACAAAGCAAACCACUGGAGUAAAGCCAUAUGAAUGUAGUGUGUGUGGCAAAGUGCUCAUGCGGCGUUCAUCCCUUACAAGACACAUGAGGACUCACACUGGAUGCAAAUUAGAUGAGAAGCCAUAUAAAUGUAAAGAAUGUGGAAAAGCCUUUAGUUAUCUCAAAUCUUUUCAAAGACAUGAGAAGACUCACACUGGGGAAAAACCCUACAGUUGUAAACAAUGUGGAAAAACCUUCAUAUAUCACCAACGCUUUCAAACACAUGAACGGACUCACAUUGGAGAGAAACCCUAUCAAUGUAAGCAAUGUGGCAAAGCUCUCAGUUCUCCCAGUUCUCUUCGAAUUCAUGAAAGAAUUCACACUGGAGAAAAGCCCUAUAAAUGUAAAAAAUGUGGGAAAGCAUUCAGUUGUCCUAGUUCUAUUCGAAUACAUGAAAGAACUCACACUGGAGAGAAACCCUAUGAAUGUAAGGAAUGUGGUAAAGCCUUCAUUUCCCACACACGUGUUCAAACACACAUGAUAACACACAAUGGAGACAGACGUUAUAAAUGUAAAGAAUGUGGGAAAGCAUUCAUUUUUCCCAGUUUCUUACGAGUACAUGAAAGAAUUCAUACUGGAGAGAAACCCUACAAAUGUAAACAAUGUGGUAAAGCCUUCAGAUGUUCCACUUCUGUUCAAAUACAUGAAAGAACUCAUACAGGAGAGAAGCCUUAUAAAUGUAAGGAAUGUGGGAAAUCCUUCAGUGCUCGUCCAACCUUUCGACUACACAUGAGAGUGCAUACUGGAGAAAAGCCCUAUAAAUGUAAAGAAUGUGGGAAAGCCUUUAGUCGUACCACUUACUUUCGAAUACAUGAAAGGACUCACACUGGAGAAAAACCCUAUGAAUGUAAAAAAUGUGGGAAAACCUUUAAUUAUCCUCUAGAUUUGCAAAUACAUGAGAGAAAUCACACUGGAGAAAAACCCUAUGAAUGUAAGGAAUGUGCAAAAGCCUUUAUUUCUCUUGAAAACUUUCGAAGACACAUGAUAACACAUACUGGAGAUGGACCUUACAAAUGUAUGGAAUGUGGGAAAGCAUUCAUUUUUCCUAGUGCAUUACGAACACAUGAAAGAACUCAUAGUGGAGAGAAACCCUAUGAAUGUAAACAAUGUGGAAAAGCCUUUAGUUGUUCUGGUUAUGUUCACAUACAUGAAAGAACUCAUACUGGGGAGAAACCCUAUGAAUGUAAGGAAUGUGGGAAAGCCUUCAUUUAUCCUACAAGCUUUCAAGGACACAUGAGGAUGCACACAGGAGAGAAACCUUAUGAAUGUAAAGAAUGUGGGAAAGCAUUUAGUCUUCACAGUUCCUUUCAAAGACAUGAAAGAAUUCAUAGUGGAGAGAAACCUCUUGAGUGUAAGCAGUGUGGAAAAGCCUUCAGUUUGUCCAGAUCCUUAAAAAAACAUGUUAGAAUGCACACUGGAUAAAAACCCUAUAAAUGUAUGCAAUAGGAGAAAGUUUUCAAUUUUAAAAAGUACUAUCAAAUUUAUUAAAAUUCCUGCUAUAGAGUAAUCCUGUAGAUGUAAUUAAAAUGGAAGGCUAGAUGCAAGGUAAUUCAUGUACAGCUAGAUGCCACAUAAUGAAGACCACAUAUAUAACGACUGCCCCAUAAGAUUGUAAUAGAGCUGAAAACAUUCUGUCACCCAUUAAAGUCAUAGUGGUUGUAACAUCAUAGUAUAACAUAUUAACUCCAAUAUUUGAUGUUGCUGCACUUAGAAUUGAUGAAAGCACAGCACACAUAAUUAUGUGUAAUACAUAGUAUGUGAUAAAUGACUAUAUUACUGGUUUAUGUGAUUUAUGAUACUAUACUUUUAUUGUUAUUUUAGAGCAGGGGUCUUCAAACUGCGGCCCACAGGCCACAUGAGGCGGUGUGAUUGUAUUUGCUCCCAUUUUGUUUUUUUACUUCAAAAUAAGAUAUGUUCAGUGUGCAUAGGAAUUUGUUCAUAGUUUGUUUGUUUUUUUAACUAUAGUUCGGCCCUCCAACUGUCUGAGGGAUAGUGAACUGGCCCCCUGUUUAAAAAAUUUGAGGAUGCCUGUUUUAGAGUAUAUACCUAUUAUAAAUAAAAACAGUUAGUAAAACAGCCUCAUUCAGGUCCUUGAGGAGAUACUGCAGAAGGAUUUCUUGCUGUUAACAUAGGUAAUGACAGCUCUGUGUGUGAGUGCCCCUGGUGGAAAAGAUCUGGAGAAGACAGUGAUAUUGAUGGUUCUCAUCCCAUACACACUUUACAAGGUAAAAAAUACAUAUAUGAGUAAUGAGAGGGAGUCCUGUUUCAGUCUUUUACAUGUGGCUAUCCAGUUCUCCCAGCACCAUUUUCCCAGCACCAUUUAUUGAAUAGAAGAGUCUCUUCCCCAGUGUAUGCUUUUAAUUCCUUUGUCAAGGAUCAAAUGGCAAUAAGAAGAUGGUUUCAUAUCUGGAUACUCUGUUCUUUUUGUUUUUUUGGGUUUUUUAGAGACAGAAUUUCACUUUAUUGCCCUCAGUAGAGUGCUGUGGCAUCACACAGCUAACAGCAUCCUCCAACUCUUGGGUUUAGGCAAUUCUCUUGCUUCAGCCUCCCUAGUAGCUGGGACUACAGGCGCCUGCUACAACACCCAGCUAUUUGUUGUUGUUGUUGUUGCAGUUUGGCCAGGGCUGGGUUUGAACCCACCACCCUCAAUAUAUGGGGCUGGUGCUCUACCCACUGAGCCAUAGGCACCACCUGGAUUCUCUGUUCUGAUCCAUAGGUCCAUGACUUUUUUUUUUUUUUGAGACAGUCUCACUCUGUUGCCCCUGUAGAGUGCUGUGAUGUCACAGCUCACAGCAACCUCAAACUCUUGGGCUUAAGUAAUUCUCUUGUCUUAGCCUCCCAAAUAGCUGGGAAAACAGGUGCCUGCCACAGUGCCUGGCUAUUUUUUUGUUGCAUUUGUCAUUGUUGUUUAGAUGACCUGGGCCAGAUUUAAACCUGCCAGUCUCGGUGUAUGUGGCUGGUGCUGUAACCGCCAUGCUACAGGUGCCAAGCCCCACAACUACUUUAAUGCCUAUACCUUGCUGUUUUGAUUACUACAGCCUUGUAGUAUAGCCUAAGGGCUGGUGAAGUGAUGCUGCUAGAUUUGUUCUUAGGUAAGAUCAUAUUGGCUAUUUGGAAUAUUUGUGAUUCCAUGCAAAGCAUAGACCUAUUUUUCAAUAUCUGUGAAAUAAGGGCAAGUGCAGUGGCUCAUGCAUGUAAUCCUAGCACUCUGGGAGGCCAAGGCAGUGGAUUGCUUGAGCUGGAGUGAGACCCCAUAUCUAAAAAUAGCAGGGUGUUAUGGCAGGCACCUGUAGUCCUAGCUACUUGGAAGGCUGAAGCAAGAGGAUUGCUUGAGCCCAAAAGUUUGAGGUUGCUAUGAGAUAUGACACCACAACACUCUACUGAGGAUGACAAAGUGAGACUCGGUCUCAAAAGAAAAAAAAAAAGAUCUGUGAAAUAGGAUGUUGAUAUUUUAAUGGGAAUCUGUAAAUGUAAUUUAAUUAACAUUUUAACUAUGUUAAUUUCACUAGUCCGUGAGCAUGAUACAUUUUUCUAUCUGUUUAUGUCCUCUGUGAUUUCCUUUCUCAGUAUUUUAUAAUUCUCCCUAUGGAGAUCCUUUGCCUCCUUUGUUAAAUAUAUUCCAAGGUAGUUCAUAUUCUUUGAUGCUACUGUGAAAGGUAUUGGGUCUUUGAUUUUAUUCUUAGCUUGACUGUUGUUGGAGUAUAUGAAAGCUACUGAUUUGUGUAAAUUGAUUUUAUAACCUGAGACAUUGCUGUAUUUAUCAAUUCCAAGUGUCUCUUGGUUUGAGUCUAAUAUAAAAUCAAACCAUCGCAAAGAGUGAUAGUGAUAGUUUGACUUCUACUCUUUCCAUGUGGUUAUCUUUGAUAUCCUUCUCUUCUGGCUAGGACUUCUAGCACUGUUUUGCCACUAUGUGUGGCAAUAGAGGGAAACCUUGUCUGGUGUCACUUCUGAGUGGGAACGCUUUCAAUUUUCUCUGCUCAAGAUGAUGUUGGCUGUGGGUUUUAUCAUUUGGAGGUAUGUCCCAUCUUUGCCAACUUUCAUAAGUGUUCUUACCAAAAAAAAAAAAGGUGCUGAUUUUCUCAGAUGCACUCAAAAAUGAAUUCAUGGUGGAUAACAGACUUAAACCUAAGACAUGUAACUAUAAGAAUUCUAGAAGAAAAUGUUGAAACUACUCUUAUAGAACCAGCAUAGGCAAGGAUUUGAUGAAGAAGACCCCAAGAGCAAUCACAGCAACAAAAAUAAAUCAGUGGGACCUGAUCAAGAUAAAAAAAAUUCUGCACAGCCAAGGGCACAAUCAACAAAGCAAAUAAACAACCUACAGAAUGGGAAAAGAUAUUUACAUGCUAUGCACCUGAUAAAAGACUGAUAAUGAGAUUCUACAAGGAAUUCAAGCAAAUCAAUAAGAUCAAACAACCCAGGGCCAGCCAAGGUGGAUUACAUCUGUAAUCCUCGUCCUCUGGGAGGCCAAGGUGGGUAGAUUGCCUGAGCUCAGGAGUUGGGGACCAGCCUGAGCAAGAGUGAGACCCUGUCUCUAAAACUAGCCAGGUGUUGUGGCAGGCACCUGUAGUCCCAGCUACUUGGCAGGCUGAGGCAAGAGAUCACUUGUGCCCAAGAGUUUGAGGUUGCUGUGAGUUAUGAUGCCAUGGCACUCUACCAAAAAUGACAAACUGAGAUUCUGUCUCAAAAAAAAUAAAAUAAAAUAAAACAACCCCAUUAAAAAUUCACCAAAAGACAUGAACAGAAACUUGUCUAACGAAGGUAGACUAACGGCCAAAAAGCACAUGAAAAAUGUUCAAUGUCUCUAAUCGGGGAAAUGGCAAAUUAAAACCACAUUGAGAUACCACCUAACCCCAAUAAGAAUGACUCUCACAUUGAGUGACAGUGUGAGAUUCAUGAGACUCGGUCAAAAACACAAGUGUUGAAAUUAUCAAAUAUUUCUGAGGCAAGAGGAUUGCUUGAGCCCAGCAGUUUGAAGUUGUGAACUAUGAUGCCAUAGUACUCUACCCAAGAUGAAAGAGUGAGACUAAGGAAAAAAAAAGUUUUAUUGAGGGGUGGCGCCUGUGGCUGAAGGAGUAGGGCACCAGCCCCAUAUACUGGGGUGCCAGGUUCAAGCCUGGCCCUGGCCAAAACUGGAAAAAAAUAAAAGUUUUGUUGAAAUUAUCAUAUUUCUGAGGCAAGAGGAUUGCUUAAAUCCAGGAGUUUUGUUUUUUUUGUUUUUUGGGUUUUUUUUUUUUAAUACCACAACACUAUACGCAAGGUGACAGAGACUCAAAAAAAAAAAAAAUGGGUAUAUUAUCAAGUUCCAAAGCAACAGAUCCUGGCAUGGAUAGGAAAAGAAAGGAACACUCAGAAAUUGUUGGUGGGACUACAAAACACUAUGGAAUGUAGUGUGGACUUAGAACUUAAAGUAGACCUACUAUUUGCUCCUGAAAUCCAUUACUAGGGCAUUUACCCAAAGGAAAAAAAGACAGUUUAUAAAAGAGACACUUAAACACUUGAAUGUUUAUAGCAGCACAAUUCACAAUCACAAAGAUGUGAAACCACACAAGUACCCAUCAAUUCAUGAAUGGAUUAAUAAAAUGUGGUAUAUGCAUACCACGGAAUACCAUUCAACCUAAAGAUGGUGAUCUAGUAUCUUUCAUAAUAACCUGGAUAGAAUUGGAGACCAUUCUCUUAAGUGAAGUACUGUAAGAAUGGAAAAACAAACACCACAUGUACUCAAUACUAAAUUGGAACGCAACACUAUAUGUUCAUAUGAAAGCAAAACUCAAUUCAUAUAGGUGGGAGUGAGGAAAAGGAGUUGGGUAAAUUCCCACCCAGUGGGUACAAUGCAUACUUUCUGGGCACACUUGUAACUUUGACUUAAAACGUACAAAAGAAAAUUCUGUAACUAAAACUUGUGUACCCUAUAAUAUUCUGAAAUUUCAAAAAGUAAAACAAUUAUACAACUUAAGGAAUAAGGUUAUAAAGUAGGCAAUUAUUUUUGUGCAGCUGUACAGUGUGUAUUAUAAAUUGUUACUACAAAAGAGCCAAAAAGUUAAAUUUAAAAGCUUAUUAAGUAAAAGUUACUAUAAGCUAUGCUCAAUUUAUUACUGCAGAAAGAACUAUUUUUUUGUAAGUUGAGUGAGUGUAGCCUAAGUGUAUAGUGUUUAUAAAAUCUACAGUAACCUACAAUAAUGUUCUAGGCCUUCACAUUUACUCACCAAUUCACCCAGAGCAACUUCCAGUCCUAAGCUCCAUUCAAGCUCCAUUCACGCCCUAUACAGGUGUACUCUUUUUUAUGUUUUAUGCUGUAUUUUUCCUGUACAUUUUCUAUGUUUACAUACAUAAAUUGUUACUGUGUUACAGUUGCCUACAGUAUUCAGUACUGUAACAUAGUGUUCAGGUUUGUAGUCCAGGAACAAGAGGCUCCACCAUACAGACUAGGUUUAUGAUAGGCUACACCAUCUCAGUUUGUGUUAAGGGCACUCUGAUGUUUAUACAGAGAUGAAGUUGCCUAAUGAUGGAUUUCUCAGAAUUUAUUUUCAUUGUUAAGCAAUGCAUGACUGUAUAAUGCUGUAGAAAAUUCACAACCUGAAAAAAAAUGUUACCAAAGUCAAAAAUGUUUUUAUUAGUUGCUUAUUCUUAAAGUGCAUCUCUGGACUUUAUAUUGCUACUUCUUUCUUUUGCAAGGAAGCUUCGAACUGGGAUAGUUUUGUAAAUCUCUUUAAGCAAUAGUCCAAAAGUAUAAAAGGUUGUGCUUUUUCAUUAAAUCAAUAAAAUUUUUCUCUACUA